AUGCCGGACAUCACCCUCAGCAGUCGCGAUCGUUUCCGGUACUGGGCGUAUUACAUUCCCUUCCUCACAUGGUUUCCCCAAUAUCAACUGAGUUGGUUCCGCGGGGACGCCCUGGCCGCCAUCACCGUCGCCUCUCUCUACAUCCCCAUGUGCUUCUCCUUUGCCAUCCUGGGCAAGGUGGAGCCUGUCAACGGCCUCUACGCGUUCAUCGUCCACCCGUUCAUCUACUCGCUCCUAGGCUCCAGCCCGCAGAUGAUCGUCGGUCCCGAGGCCACGGGUAGUCUCAUGGUCGGCGCCAUCAUUCAUCAGGUGCAGACCACCGCCUCGGGAGAUCAGCCUGGCUUCGUCGGGGAGAAUGCGCACAUUUCCGGCGUGGCCACGGCGAUCGCCGGCGCCAUGCUCCUCAGCGCCGGGCUGGCGAGAAUUGGCUUCGUCGACAGCGUGCUCAAUCGCCCUUUCAUGCAAGGGUUCAUCGCGGGCGUCGGCUUCGUGCUGGUCGUCGAACAAGCCAUUCCCGAGCUGGCACUGUCGCAGUUGGUGGAGGAGGCUGGCAUCGCCCACUCCAGUUCCAUCGUCAAACUGUGGUUUCUGUUGACUCAUCUCAACAAAGCCCAUUUCCUGACCGCAUUGAUCUCAAUUUGCAGUCUAGGCUUCAUCUUAGCCACCCGCUUUGUGCAAAAAUCGCUCCGAGCAGAAUAUCCGUCCGUGUCUCUCUUCCCCGAUCGCCUUCUCGUCAUCAUUGUCACUACCACUCUCACCGCCAAACUGGCCCUGCAGGAUCGUGGCUUGGACAUACUCGGGUCGCUUGGAUCCUCGACAUCAUCCAUCCCGACCUUACGAUGGCCACUGCAAAGUAUGGAUGAAAUCGAAAUGGUGUUUAGCACGUCAUUUCUCAUCGCUCUCCUGGGAUUCUUCGAGUCGUCCGUGACCGCGAAAAGCUUGCGUCCGCCGAAAGAUGCUCUCCAGGCCACGUCCCUCAGCGCCAAUCGCGAGCUCAUCGCCCUCGGCGCCGCGAACAUGGUCGGCGGCGGCUUCUGCACUUUGCCGGCCUUUGGUGGCUUCGGGAGGAGCAAGCUCAACGCCCAGACGGGCGGCACGACGCCGAUGAGCAGCAUGCUGCUCAGUCUGAUCAGCCUGUUGUGCGUCUUCUUCGUAUUACCCUACCUCUACUACGUUCCCAGGGCGGUUCUGUCAGCCAUGGCAUCGGCGGUCGGCAUUUCCAUGAUGGAAGAGUGCCCGCACGAGAUUCGCUUCUUCCUCAAAGUUCGAGGCUGGGGCGAGCUCUUCCUGAUGGCCGCAGUCUUCCUCGCCACGGCCCUCUACUCCAUGUCUCUCGGCAUCACAGUGGGCAUCCUCAUCACCCUGUACAACCUCGUCAAGCACUCCACGCGCUCUCGGAUUCGCGUCUUAGGGCGAGUCCCCGGCACGAAACACGCAUUCGAAGACGCGGAUCUCGCCCCCGACGGAGAUCGAUUCGACCACACCUUGAUCGUGCGGAUCCCAGAGCCGUUGACUUUCGCCAACGUCGGCGACCUGCGAACGCGCUUGGGACGUUUCGGCCGCUACGGCACGCACGCUGUGCAUCCAUCCUUGCCGCGGAUCCGCAUUGAAGAUCGGUGCUUGAUUUUCGACGUCCAAGGCUUGACGGAGAUUGACGCGUGCGGCAUUCAGAUCAUGACGGAGAUUGUGCAGGAGCACACGGCGAAUGGAACGCAGGUGAUGUUUUGCCGGCUGCGGCCCGGCGAUGUCAUGGAGAACUUUAGAAUCAGCGGCAUCAUCGACAUCUGCGGCGGACCAAAGUACUUCGUCGAUAGCGUGGACGAUGCGCUGAGGAUCGCUGGGAUGGAGAAAUGA